AGCACGCGUGAGACAGUUGCUCGACGAGGGUUGGGAGUUAAUUCAGUUGGUCUUGUUUUGACUUGAGGGGGGGCAUUCGUCUCGAGCUUAUCGUGCUUUUGUCAUGUCUGACUGGGAAGCGGACAGCGAUGAGGAUGGACCUCACAGAGCCGCCCCCCAGCCCUCUCGGGCUUCACCUGUAUGGGGCUCGGCGACGGAAGCAGCUUCUCCGGAAGUCUGUGGAAACCGAGUCGCAGGCGAAGACAAAAAGGACAGGGGCGACGGGUGGAAAGGGCGUUCGCGGCUUGUUGCUGCCCGCGAGCCGUGGCAAUCAAGGCCCUUGGAGUAUCGGGCCCGGAGGUCCCCUGGAGGAAGAGGCCGAGAGCGCGCAGGGUCGCCACCGCUCUGCUUCCACCUGGAUAACGCGCUGGUCGGCACCCUCAUAGGUCGAGGUGGAGCUAAAAUAAAAGAACUUGAAGAAUCUUCAGGUUGCAAAAUACAGGUUGUAAGAGGAAACUACGAAGCUGAAGUAAAGAUAUUUGGUGGUAAUGAUAAGCAGACAAAAGCCAAAACGCUGAUUGAUGAUCUUAUUGAGAGGUGCAGUCAGAGCAAUGCAGGAGAAAAGUAUGAAAAAGAUUCCUUCAAGUACCAGCAUGUUGGGACCACUAGUUACCAUUCUAGUCGUUCUGGAGCUUUGAAGUCUGUAGAUGGUAAUCCAAAGCAGUCCAUUAACUGGGCUUCUCUCAGAGAAAAUAAAGCAAAAUAUGAAGCAAUGAAAUGGGCUGAUUUACCUCCAAUUGAAAAAAGGUUUUACAAAGAGUCAACAAGGAUUGCUUGUAUGUCACAAGAUGAAGUUGAUAGGUGGAGAAAAGAGAACAAUAAUAUCACAUGUGAUGACCUGAAAGAUGGUGAAAAACGUCCUAUUCCCAAUCCUAUCUGUAAAUUUGAAGAUGCUUUUAAGCACUAUCCUGAUGUUAUGGCAAAUAUAAGGAAAGUUGGGUUUCAAAAGCCUACACCCAUUCAGUCACAGGCCUGGCCAAUAGUGCUUCAAGGAUAUGAUCUAAUUGGAAUAGCACAGACUGGUACUGGGAAAACAUUGGCUUAUCUGAUGCCAGGAUUCAUUCACUUGGAUUUGCAACCGAUUCCUAGAGAAAAACGUGGUGGACCAGGUAUGUUAGUUCUCACUCCUACUCGAGAACUGGCUCUUCAAGUUGAGGCAGAAUGCUCAAAAUAUUCUUACAAAGGCAUUAAAAGUAUUUGCAUAUAUGGUGGUGGAGACCGGAAGGGGCAAAUCAGCUUGGUUACCAAAGGCGUGGACAUCGUUAUUGCUACUCCUGGUAGACUGAAUGAUCUUCAGAUGAACAACUUUAUAAAUCUGAGAAGCAUAACAUACUUGGUGUUGGAUGAAGCUGAUCGGAUGCUAGAUAUGGGAUUUGAGCCUCAAAUAAUGAAGAUUUUAUUAGAUAUUCGUCCUGACAGACAAACAGUUAUGACUAGUGCUACAUGGCCAGAUGGUGUCCGUCGCCUUGCAAAAUCAUAUUUGAGAGAUCCAAUGAUUGUAUAUGUUGGAACUCUUGAUUUAGCGGCAGUAAAUACAGUGGAGCAGAAGGUGGUUGUUAUUCCAGAAGAAGAAAAAAGAGCUUUCACACGUUAUUUCAUUGAUACUAUGAAGUCUAAAGACAAGGUCAUCAUUUUUGUGGGAAAGAAACUUACUGCUGAUGACCUAUCCAGUGAUUUUGGUCUUCAAGGAAUUCCGGUUCAAUCUUUACAUGGCAAUAGAGAACAGUGUGAUCGUGAACAAGCUUUGGAGGACUUCAAGAAAGGUAGAGUUCGUAUACUGAUUGCAACAGACUUAGCCUCUCGUGGGUUAGAUGUGCAAGAUAUCACUCAUGUGUUUAAUUUUGACUUCCCUCGCAAUAUUGAAGAAUAUGUUCAUAGAGUAGGCCGAACUGGUCGAGCUGGCCGCACAGGUGAAGCUGUAACUCUUGUGACUAGGAAUGAUUGGCGGAUUGCAUCUGAACUGAUUGAAAUUCUAGAAAGAGGAAACCAGGUAAUUCCCGAAGAGCUAAUUUCGAUGGCUCAGAGAUACAAGCAGUUUCAGAUGAAAAAAGAAAUGGAAAAGGAUUGUGGAAGGCCUCGUGGGCGAUCACAAAAAAACAUUUAAUGCAGUUAGAGAUCCUAAACGCUGUAUAUGCAGAAAUGUUAGUAACAACUUAAGUAAAAAGCCAUAUUUUUCAGUCCUUAUAUCUUGCAGACCUCAUUUAGAAAAACUUUGAUUUUCCUCAAACUCUGCAGUUUUCAGUAAGUAUAUUUCCAGAUUUGAGAAGAAUGCAUAUUAUAUAUGCAUUGUAAAGUGAGUCAUAUGUUUACACAGUAGACAUCAAGUGUUAAUUGCAACUUCUCUUAAAUAGUUUGAACAUAAGGGCCUUAAUGGGAUAGAGAAUAGGACACAUACAGUACGCUGAUUACAUCUUCUCAUGAUCAGGGAGGAAACUUAUAUAGCAAAGUGAUAAUUUGUCAACUUUCCAGUAACACCUUGACCAGUGAAGUUCAGAAAUAUUGAAAAUUAUGCCUGCUUCUAAUUAUUUUGAAACGUCUCCAUUUACUGUGAAAUAUUUUAAUAUCAUACUAUAGCAAAUGAGCAGACGUAUAUUCAGUUUCAGACUUCAGUUAAGAUUAAAGAAUCCAAUAACUUUCUCUGUUAUAAGUAAAGAAUGUUAAUUCUUGUUUCCUGAUUUGCAGUUUUGUUAGAAGGGAGAAAUGUAUUUCACAGAAUGUCAACAAAAGUUCUGACAAGUUCAAAAGAAAUGACAAUGAAGCUAACAGGUUUCUAUUCCCUCACCUUAUUUUAAAAUUAGUCCUAAAUGUGUUUUGAUUGGUAGAAUGUCCAAAUGUAAUGUAUUACCAUGCCAAACAAAUUUCACAUAGUGGAUUGUUAUUGAGUCUGAAACAACACCCCCUUUUUUCCCCCAGUAACAUUCUCCUUUCUGUGUCUUCUCUUCGUACUCAUUAAAAUGGUGACCUUUAGAGAUAUUUUA